AUGGUGCAGCAGGCCGAGAGCUCGGAAGCCGAGAGCAACCUGCCCCGGGACGCGCUGGACACCGAGGAGGGCGAGUUCAUGGCGUGCAGCCCGGUGGCCCUGGACGAGAGCGACCCGGACUGGUGCAAGACGGCGUCGGGCCACAUCAAACGGCCCAUGAACGCCUUCAUGGUGUGGUCCAAGAUCGAGCGCAGGAAGAUCAUGGAGCAGUCGCCAGACAUGCACAACGCCGAGAUCUCCAAGAGGCUGGGCAAGCGCUGGAAGAUGCUGAAGGACAGCGAGAAGAUCCCGUUCAUCCGGGAGGCGGAGCGCCUGCGCCUCAAGCACAUGGCUGACUACCCCGACUACAAGUACCGGCCGCGCAAAAAGCCCAAGACGGACCCGGCGGCCAAGCCCAGCGCGGGCCAGAGCCCCGACAAGAGCGCAGCGGGCGCCAAGGCGGCCAAGGGCCCCGGCAAGAAGUGCGCCAAGCUGAAGGCGCCGGCGGGCAAGGCGGGCGCGGGCAAGGCGGUGCAGCCCGGAGACUGCGGCGCGGGCAAGGCGGCCAAGUGCGUCUUCCUGGACGACGACGACGAAGAAGACGACGAGGACGACGAGCUGCAGCUGCGGCCCAAGCCGGACGCGGACGACGACGACGACGAGCCCGCGCACUCGCACCUGCUGCCGCCGCCGGCGCAGCAGCAGCCCCCGCAGCUGCUGAGGCGCUACAGCGUGGCCAAGGUCCCCGCCAGCCCCACGCUCAGCAGCGCGGCCGAGUCCCCCGAGGGCGCCAGCCUGUACGACGAGGUGCGCGCGGGCGGCCGGCUGUACUACAGCUUCAAGAACAUCACCAAGCAGCAGCCUCCGCCCGCGCCUCCCGCGCUGUCACCCGCGUCCUCGCGGUGCGUGUCCACCUCCUCCUCCAGCGGCAGCAGCAGCGGCAGCGGCGCCGAGGACGCCGACGACCUCAUGUUCGACCUGAGCUUGAAUUUCUCCCAGGGCGCGCACAGCGCCUGCGAGCAGCCUCUGGGCGCGGGCGCGGCGGGGAACCUGUCCCUGUCGCUGGUGGAUAAGGACCUGGAUUCCUUCAGCGAGGGCAGCCUGGGCUCCCACUUCGAGUUCCCCGACUACUGCACGCCGGAGCUGAGCGAGAUGAUCGCGGGGGACUGGCUGGAGGCGAACUUCUCCGACCUGGUGUUCACGUAUUGA